AUGGAGUCUCAGCAGUCUCAAGACUCACAGGGUCCUUCUGUGGAGCCCAACGGCCUACCUCUUGGGGGACGCAGCUCAUACGACUCUACGGCCACGACGCAGGCCGAACGGGAAUCAAUGAAUGCAGCUCUGGAUCAUUACCACAACGCAGCGUAUCAGUCCGAGUCCCUCACUCUGUUCAACGAAUUUACUAGUCCACCUGAUCCAGCCACUACAUCCGAGGAGAAGGGACUGUCAGAGGAACUACAGGGAGGUCUGAGCGGGCUUUACAGUCGCUUUAGGACCUCCGUCGGAGGAGUGAGAGAUAUUGUGAGCGGUGGUGGGAAGUCCACCGAAAAAAAUACAGCGGAAACUCCUGCAGUCAACACUCCUGCAUCGGAAUCUUCGAUGGGGAAAUCAGUCCCGGACCUGGCUACAAGCUCUGCUGUUUAUCCCUCGUCACAGCCCAACUCAUCACAAGGAUCCAGGCUCCACUCACCCGUUGUGCCAAACUUCCAUUCUCAUCAAGAUAUCGUAACACAAUCUCACACAGGAAAGAGGUCUAGGAUAUCUUCCAAGAGUGGAAGCAUAUCUUCCAAGACCUCAGUAUCGCCAUCCCCUGGAAUGAAGCCUAAUAUCGCACCGUUGACGAAGGCCACCGGUAGUGCCAUCACGGCAGACCCUGCAGUCACUCAACUCCACAUGAAUGUAGUUGGAACCCCCGAGCACUCAAGGAGUGGCUCCCUUAGCGGCCCAUUUCAAGGAAUUCAUAGUGCAGAAUCGAUAAGUAUCGGCAGUAAAGAAGGCCAUGUGGAUCUUUCCAUGAGUCAAACAUCUUCGUUGAAUCAGAAUCUUUCGAGUUCGCCGGUUCUCUCUGCAAAAGUACAUGACAGCCAACAUGAGGAUUUCAAUCCCAAAGACCCAUUCUUCUCAGCAACCCAUACACCAGAUAAUCAGUCUCGGGUUUCGAUUUCUACCCCAGAUCAACAAAAGCUGCCUGAAAGCACGUCUCACUCAGCUCUAUUGCGAAACUCCAAACAAACUGAACCAAUCCAGGAUCAUAUGGGGGAAACUUCGAUGUCACGGACAUCUCUCCCCUACGAAGAGCCGAAGGCUCUAUCAAAGCUCUCCACUCAUGAUGAAAUACCAUACCAUACGGAUAAAGUCCAAACUAACAUGAUGACAACUAUUCCUCGUGGCACUACCAACAAUGAGCCUCCAAAAACUACAGUCGCCGGUAGGCCCAGUGACAAGUCAACUUCCUCAAUCCGGGCAGGGCGACUGCCUGGCUAUGCCAUGUCACGGGCUUCCACGGCUGAAACCACUACGACAGUCUCUUCGUUGCCUCCCUUGAACACCACAGUUGAUCCGACUACUAGUCAAUACCUCCAAGCCAGUCGCCGACCCCCCGCUGGCGGUGACGGUGUCUUCUCGCAGUUGAAAAGCAAAUUGCUUAGCAAAGAUUUCUGGAUGCGUGAUGAAAAUGCUAAAGACUGCUUUAAUUGCGGAGAGUCUUUUACCACCUUUCGCAGAAAACAUCACUGUCGGACCUGCGGUCAAAUCUUUGAUUCAAAAUGCACUUUGAUCAUUUCGGGGACACGCUUUGGGCAACCUGGGAGUAUUAGGGUUUGCAAGCCCUGUGAGAAAAUGAUCAAUGCGCAUGAUGAUGAUUCAUCCGAAUUCUCCGAUAGCGAGCAGAGCCCCAUAGUUCCCAAUCCUCGGGUUAGUGAGCUCAGCUGGGGAAAUACUGCGCGGGCCUCUGCAGAUGAGGACGAUUCAUCCUCAGUUGUAUCUCAAUCGAUCGAUCACGUUUUGAGGACCCCGACAAUGGCUAUACCAGCUACACGACGGGCUGGGGAGGGGCACAAUCGCCGCUCAGCUGUUCUUGAGAUUGACUCUGAUCGCCCCUUAGCACGACCUACUUCUUCGCGCUCUCUACGGUCAUCCCUUGGUGUCAGGCCCCACUCUAUCGGUCACAAACGCCAUCAUUCUCGUCAACAAUAUAUAAGGGGCUUCAAACCAUCUCAUGAGGAUCGAGCUCCCUUCCAACGUCGACAGGCAGAUGACAUAGACCCUGAAUCCCGUCUCCCUGCUUUCCACAAAGAUAAUAUCAUUGACCCGGAUCUUGCUCAAUAUCUUUCGGAUGAUGCCUCGAGUGGCGACGAGCCGCCUAGUCUCUUGUCUGCAGUCUCUGAGGGCGCUCUGUCUAAGAGUGGAGGUGACGGCGAAAGGGCAUCUUUUGGGGGUCUUCUCGCUGCCAUGAAAAAGGGCAGAUCGGCUUUUGGAGACCGAAAUAUCCCUAAUGUGAAUCGAGAAGCCGAUGAGACCAGUAUCACCAGUUCAAAGGCUGUGAACUUACCCCGUUUUUCUCGUCGUCGAAACCUGAGCGUUACUAGCAGCUUGCACCCGCGCCAUUCGCCCCGGACGUCGAAGGACAACAUGCUUCCUCACGACACUCCGAUGCCAAUCAUUUCAUUAUCCGCGAAUUCAAAACAGGCCGGGUUCAAGAUGACUCGGAGUUCAUCAAUGAGAGGCAAUGAGGCGCCGCCAGUUGAACUAAACAGAGCCAGUCUAGAGCAUGUCCGAAAGCUACUGCGUCAACUACUUCUAGAAUCAGCCGUGUCCAACAGCCGCAGUUGGGAAAACGCACUGAUGCCAGUACUGUUGAAAGCAGGUGAUGAAGUUGAUCCAAAUGUUCAACGUGGGGAUGAUAUGGACAUUCGACACUACGUUAAAUUGAAGAAAAUCCCGGGUGGCCGGCCUAGCGACACGUCUUAUGUAUCGGGUCUUGUCUUCACCAAGAACUUAGCUUUAAAGGGUAUGUCACGAAACAUUUUACGCCCAAAUAUCUUGAUCAUCACCUUUCCUCUUGAAUAUGCUCGUCAACAACAACAUUUUAUGAGUCUCGAGCCUGUGAUUCGACAAGAGCGUGAGUUUCUGGAAAAUUUGGUUAGUCGAAUCUCGGAAUUGCGACCAAACCUGCUGCUGGUCGAGAAAACCGUUUCUGGUCUAGCGCUUGGUCUCCUUGAACAAGCUGGGAUUGCGACUGCAUACAAUGUGAAGCCGUCUGUCCUUGAGGCUGUAUCGAGAUGUACGCAGACCAGGAUUGUGACUUCCAUGGACAAGCUCUUAAUGAUCACAUUGCAUAGUGAGUGCAGCAGUUUUGACGUGAAGACCUAUGUGCAUAGUGGUCGGAAGAAAACCUACAUGUAUAUCUCUGGCUGCCCCAAAGAGCUUGGGUGUACUAUUAUCCUGCGCGGUGGGGACGAUGAAGUCCUCAGGAAAGUGAAAAGGAUCACAGAGUUCAUGAUCUACGUUGUGUAUAAUCUUCGAUUGGAGACGUGUGUCAUGCGAGAUGAGUUUGUGCAGAUACCAAACUCACCAAGAGAGGACAGAGCGGAUAUAAACGACGCAGACAAGAAAUGCAGUUCGCAGAUCAUCACGGACGGAGGCAAUGCACAUUCAUGCGACUUACGUACAGACACGAACGAGAAAUUCGGUGCUGUCUCUGAUAGUCAAAUCCUCGAUGAUGCUGAUGCUGCAGAAAUUCCAGACAACAUUCCAAUGCCGACAUAUUAUAAUAGUAUGGUUCAUGAUCACCAGACAAAGAUUUUGUCAGCCUCACCAUUCGUGGAAUUCGAACCUCCAUAUCUCCUAACGCGUGCGCGAGCGAUGGAACGCAGACUUGCGUACUUGAAAUUUCGUCGGGAUCAAGAUGGAAACUCUGACCAAGUCACCGAUGAAAAGGCUAAACCGCAAAAGUUCAUCCUCAUUACCCCAGAGAUGGUUCGGCAUUCACCGCAAGAUGCCCCGGCAAAAGUCAAAGAGGUACUGCGUGCUGCUCAUGAUGCUGAGUACGAUCGAGCACUUUAUCACUAUCAAACCCAAAAACGUCAGUGGGAAGCCUAUGUGGCAGGAACCGCCAACCUGUUUGACCCUUAUACACAUCAGAAUUUGGUUGUUCUCUACAGUGUUGUGUGUACAACAACAUCAGUUCCUUGCUCGGGGCCAGAUAUUUUCGCCCUAGAGUUCUACAAUGAGCAUGGAGAUGACACAAUCUUUGAGUCAGACCUCACACUUGGGCAGUAUGUUGAGGACCUUUGUCUCUCGGCAAAUUCUGUAUGUACUGUCAACGGCUGCGAGAAACGCAUGUUCGAACACCACCGCCAGUACGUCCAUGGCGAAGCUCAAAUCAGCGUCCUGAUCCAACCAUGUCCUCCUAAGCUCCUGGGGCUCCACGAUGUCAUGUUAAUGUGGAGCUGUUGCAAAAUUUGUGGCAAUGAAACCCAACCCAUACCUAUGUCAAAGAGCACAUGGAAAUAUUCAUUUGGAAAAUACUUGGAGCUCUCUUUCUGGGGCAGAAACAUGCGUGCUCGCGCUGGAGUCUGUCCUCAUGAUUUGCAACGGGAUCAUUUCCGCUAUUUUGGCUACAAGGAAGUCGCUUUACGAAUCCAGUACGAUCCAAUCCGUCUCCUGGAGAUUAUCGUCCCACGACCCCGGGUCACAUGGAAGGUGGACAACGACCUGAAGCUGAGGAAUGAGGUAUACUUGCGCACCGAGCAACGUCUCAACAAGUUCAUGGCAUCAGUUCAAAACCGUUUAAAGAGUAUCAAUGUCGAAAGUGUUGUGCCUGAGCUGCUGGAGAGCUGCCAGGAGGAGAUUGAGUCUCUGGUCAAGAAGGGCCAUGAAGACCACAACUAUCUGGUUCGGCACUUACAAGAUAAAUACACAAGUUCUCGCUACUGGGAGAUAACACCGCUGAAUGAGGUUCUUCGUGCCGUUCAAGAAAAGGUUGUUGAAUGGGAUACAACAUUCGCCGAGUUUGAGAAGAACUUUUUCCCAUCUGAAAAGGAUAUCAAGCAUAUGGCCACUUUACAACUCAAGAAGAUUUUCCUGGACAAAGAUGCAACUUCGGUUUCUUCUGAGGAUGCCCUUCAAACCCCUCCAGAUGCAGAAGAUGAAAACAAUCAGGCAGUCGACAGGCCACGAAUGAGGCGACGGAUGACACUCUCGCCGGAAAAAGCGCAGAACGUAUUAGUCUCCGUCGUUGAGGAGCAUGCUGGUAAAAAGCACCGUGAAGAACUCCAAGAAAUGGAGCUGCCCUCGCCACCAAUAUUCGCUGAGGAAGCAACUUUGGGACUCGAUGUAUCAACUGGAACAAGGGUCUCUCCUCAGGAUGAGGCCGUCUCACAAGACGAAGUCCGCCACCUUGACUUGGCUGUUCCAACAAGCCAAUCGGAAUGCAAUCUCGCCGAUCCAGCUGGCCUUUCAACUCAACCAACAAAUUCAGAUGUGUCUGAGAUGAUUGCCAGUGAUGGGUCCUCGGAAAUACCACCGCUGCCACAAGUUCCGGGGAGUCCGGAACAAGUGACCAAGAAUGGAAUUGAAGAGAGUGAAAUUCCUGAUAUGCCAAGUACUCCAGUUCGUCGACCUUCGGCGAUCCCGAGACCUACCGAGGCAGCUUUCCGACGCACAGGCAAGAUGCGCUCACCUCCUUUACUGCGUGCUCAGUCUCAACCAGCGAAUCUAGCACGGCCAUCCAACACUUCACCGGUCCCAGGCUUGAAAACGGUCCUUACCAAUCCAAUCGACCCCGAAAAGAAUGCAGGACAAUCAUCAACAAAGUCGUCGGACAAGAAGUUGAGCGACCGUUUAGGCUUGACUUCCCUCAAAAGUGCUCGAUUUGCCUCGGGUCACUCGCUGAUCCCUCGGUCUACUCCAGGCAAAAGGGGCAGCUCGCGGGUUUCUAAUCUUGCCAAGCAUUUCGAGCAGCUGAGUCGUGAAUUUGAAAAAGAAAGACAACGUGAAAGGCGUCAGCGUGCUGAAAAGGGCACACAUUCGCGAGCAUUCCCACUGGCGUCCUCGAAGCCGAUUGUGGAGGUCUAUCAGAAUGUGCGAGAGGCUGUUGAGGAACGCGAACCACCUGUGGACAGCGAGGAGUCUUUACCCUCAGCUCCACAAAUUCCAACGGACGACCAGAGUCGUAAGAGCGAGGAAUUUGUAAACCGCCAUGUCACUCCUGAUGAGCCUUCUCUACCAAAUGUGUCACUGCCAAAGCCUGUGGAUGUAGACAGCGUCCUCCGCUCUGACAACGUAUUGUCUGAUGGCGAAGCCGAUGAGCCCCAUAGUGAUGAGGAUCGAAACAUAGUUGAGGAUCGGAAUAUGCUUGAGGAUCUCCAUCCGGUUGAUUCCCAUGAAGAGACGAAACAAUCAACAGAAGACGAUUCGAUUGAUUUCAAAGAGCUUCCCAAACAUGAGCGCACCACGCUUCUGAAAAUGCUGACAAACUUCUGGUCUGAACGCUCUGCGAGUGGAUGGGAAUCUCUUGACUAUCCUCUUAGUGUGAUGGAUCACGUCUUUGCUGAUUGCAAUAUCAUUGUUCGCGAGGAUGAACCAAGCUCUUUAAUUGCCUUCGCUUUAGAUUCUUCUGACUACCAAGAAAAGCUUGCAACCAUUCAACAGUGUUUUGACGAAGCGCAAGAAGAAAAAUCAGAUUCGCCAAAUGAUAUCGAAGCUACGAAUGAGGCACGAGUGGAACAUGCCCUCUUGCGACCAACAGGCACACAUCUCAAGUAUCAAUUCCAAGAAGGCCCAGCCAAGAUGCUAUGCAAAGUGUUCUACGCCGAGCAAUUUGAUGCUUUGCGACAGAAAUGUGGCGUUGCAGAUCGAAUUGUCGAGUCAUUGUCUCGAUGCGCCAAGUGGGACUCCAAGGGCGGCAAAACAAAAUCACUUUUCCUGAAGACCCUGGACGACCGGUUCAUUCUUAAAUCGCUUUCGCCGAUUGAGACACAGGCCUUCCUCAAAUUUGCUCCCGCAUAUUUCCAAAUCAUGUCCGAGGCUUUGUUCCAUGAACUGCCUUCCGCAAUUGCCAAGAUGUUCGGCUUUUAUCAAGUCAUCAUCAAGAACCCAGUCACAGGAACAGAGUUCAACUGGUUCUUGUUACUCAUGGAGAACUUGUUCUACGAUCGCGUCCCUACCCGCAUUUUCGACCUGAAAGGCUCGAUGCGAAACCGCAAAGUCCAGAGCACUGGCGAACGAGACGAGGUUCUCUUGGAUGAAAACAUGGUGGAUUUCAUUUACGAGACACCCCUCUUCGCGCGCGAACACUCCAAAAAGCUUCUUGGCCAAAGUGUGUGGAAUGACACACUCUUUUUGGGUCGUCAGGACGUCAUGGACUACUCACUCAUGAUCGCCAUUGAUGAACCACGCAACGAGUUGGUGGUGGGUAUCAUCGACUGUAUCCGCACAUACACUUGGGACAAGAAACUUGAGUCCUGGAUUAAGGACAAAGGGUUUGGUGGCGGUGGUCGCAAUCGACCGACAGUCACAAGUCCCAGGGAAUACAAGGGCCGUUUCCGUGAGGCUAUGGCCAGAUAUGUGCUCCAAGCUCCAAGCUGCUGGCAUCAAUUCCAACCAAACGCAAUGUACCGCCAUGAGAACCAGACCGCUGAACUUGAGACUAUCGAUGGAAACAAGUUCGUGGAAGAUGCUGGUUUCCAGUAG